AAUGAAUAUUUCGCGAAAAGAAAUCGACGUUUUCGCCGAAUGCAAAGUUGCUAAACGGCAAAUCGAAAAUCUAAAUUUAGAAUUAUCAAAAUGCAAAAACACACCAACAAACAACAAGCUUAAUCCACAAGUGUCUAAACUAAUACCUGUACUAAACGAAUCCUUAGAAUUGUUGACUUCUGCAAUACAUUACCAAAGUCACUUAAGCGUGUGCGAUCAUGACCAGCAACAAAUUCAAAAUGACGAGCUGCAUUAUAUGGAGCCGACACAACCACAUGAAAAUAAACCAACUGCCAAAAGACAGAGGGAACCAUUUGCAAGACACAGCCUUUGCGGAGAUGAAACAAUCAAUGAGAAUUUGUCGAAAGAAAUUGUUCAAGUGAUUCGAAUUGCUGGAGAAAAACAGGAAGAGAUCAACAGGUUGAGGGAAACCAAUACAAAGUUGGAGGGGAAGAUCAAAGAUUGUUUGUGUGGGACGGGUGGUGGGGAAGAUGGCUCAAACCAGAUAAAAAUACUUCAAGAAGAAUUAAGAUCAACAAGAGAGCUAAACAUAAACCUUGAAAAUCAACUUCAAGAAUCCAAGAAAACCAUGGAAACAAUGGAAGUUGAAUUAUUUGAAACCCGGCUCAGAUUGGAUGAGAUGAAGGUGGAGAAGUUGCAUUGGGUGGGUUGGGUGUUCGGGGUUGGUUCAUUAACUCGACAAUCAGGGUGUUUUUAAUAAACUAAUAGUGACCACUGGGUUGAGGCAAU